AUGUCGGAGCAGGUCCAGAUCGAUGCUGAUGCCUUCCAGCGAAGGGUCAACAAACUUCUUUUUGCUUGGAAAGAUGGCAGCGGUGACUUUGAACAGCUCGCAGAGGUCGACUCACUCCUUGUCGUCAUGGGUGGUCAGAACGACGACUUGGUCUACUCUAAAACCACUGCCAUCCACUCAUGGCUCCUCGGCUACGAAUUCCCCUCUACCGUCAUUCUUUUCACCAAAAAGGCCGUCACUUUUGUCACCAGUGCCUCAAAGGCCGUUCACCUUGAAGCUCUUAAGAAGAGCAGCACUUCCUUCGAUAUAAACAUCUUGAAGCGAUCCAAAGACGAAGCAGCCAACCGCGCCAUCUGGGAUGAUCUCAUCUCCCGCAUCGAUGCAGAAGGCAGCAAGGUCGGCAGCUUCCCCAAGGACAAGCCUGUCGGCAAGUUCGCCGACGAAUGGCAGCAUGUUUUUGAAAAGCACCAGAAGAGCAAGGACAUUAAGACUGUCGACGUCAGUGCUUCGGUCAGCGCCGUAUGGGCCUCCAAAGAUGAGGACGAGGUCAAGGCUAUCAAGUACGCUUCCAGGAUGAGCUCGAUUGUCAUGUCUGGCUACUUUGAAAACGAGAUGUCUACCAUCCUCGAUGAGGGCAAGAAGGUCACACACGAGCAACUAUCGGAACGUAUCGAGGGCAAGCUCGAUGACUCAAAGAUGUGGAAGAAGGUCAAAGGUCUCGAAGGUGCUGAUCUCUCGCUCGCUGACUGGUGCUAUACACCCAUUGUCCAGUCCGGAGGCGAGUAUGAUCUCAAGACAUCCGCCGUCUCCACUACCAAGCGUCUCCAAGGUGCCGACGGUAACGGCGGUGUCGUCAUUGCCAGCAUGGGCAUCAAGUAUCGCAACUACUGCUCCAACAUCGGCAGGACCUACCUCAUCGACCCACACAACAGCCAGCAAAAGAUGUACGCCUUCUUGCACGAGCUUCAGACAGAGCUCGCCGACAAACAUCUCCGUGCAGGAGCGACAUGCAAGGAUAUCUACACCAAGGCGGUCGAGAUUGUUCGUGCCAAGGACGAGAAGCUCGUUCAGUCCUUUGUCAAGAACAUCGGUUUCGGUAUUGGUCUCGAGUUCCGUGACGGUGCCUAUGUGCUGUCUGGUAAGAACAACCGUACACUCAAGCGCGACAUGGUCAUCAACCUCUCUGUCGGCUUCCAAGAUCUCGAUGACCCGAACCACAAGGGUCAAGUCUACUCGCUUCUCCUCAUCGACACCCUUCGCAUCAAUGACGACGGUGCCGCUACUUUCCUCACCGAUCGAGUUCGCGGCACCAACGACAUGGCUUUCUUCUUCAAGGAUGACGAGGAGGAAGAGCAAGUCGAGGAACGCAGGAGCCCUGUCAAGACGGACGGCAAAAUAACAUCAGGUGGAAAGGUGCUCAGGAACAAGAACCGCGGCACGAUCGAUGACACGGCUGCAGAAAAGAUGAAAGCGCAUCAGAAGGAGCUCGCCAAACAAAAGCAGGAGGAUGGUUUGGCGCGUUUCGCUGGCGAAGACGGUGAAGGCAAUGCUGCCAAUGAGAAGGUGUUCAAGAAAUUCGAGAGUUACAAGCGAGAGAAUUUGCUACCAUCCAAGGUGGCGGAUCUCAAGAUUAUGGUCGAUCAUCGAGCUCAGUCGAUUAUCCUCCCCAUUUACGGCUAUGCGGUGCCGUUCCACAUCAAUACACUCAAGAACGUCAGCAAGAGCGAUGAGGGCGAGUACACCUAUUUGCGUCUCAACUUUGUCACACCUGGCCAGAUCGCUGGUAAGAAGGAGGAUGUGCCAUUCGAUGACCCUGAUGCAACAUUCGUGCGUAGCAUGAGCUACCGCUCGACUGAUUCGCAGCGCUUCACGGAACUCUACCGCGAGAUCACCGAGUUGCGAAAGUCGGCAACCAAGCGUGAAGCUGAGGAGAAGGAGCUCGCCGAUGUCGUCGAGCAAGACAAGCUCAUCCUGUCCAAGUCGCGCACGUACACACUUCCCGAAGUCUUUCCACGACCUGCUAUGGAAGGCAAACGUGUUCCUGGUGACCUUACCAUCCACCAGAAUGGUUUGCGAUUCUCGUCACCAUUGCGACCGGAUCAGAAGAUCGACUUGCUCUUCUCUAACAUGAAGCACCUCUUCUUCCAGCCAUGUGACAAGGAGCUCAUCGUCAUUGUGCACGUGCACCUCAAGUCGCCCAUCAUGAUUGGCAAGAGAAAGGCCAAAGAUAUCCAGUUCUACCGCGAGGCAUCCGAUGUUCAGUUCGACGAGACCGGAAACCGUAAGCGCAAGUACCGUUCGGGAGACGAGGACGAGAUCGAGCUCGAACAGGAGGAGCGUCGACGCAGGUCGCAGCUCAACAAGGAAUUCAAGGUGUUUGCCGAGCGCAUUGCUGAGGCUUCCGAGGGCCGUGUCAGCGUUGAUGUUCCUUAUCGCGAGCUUGGAUUCAGUGGUGUACCCUUCCGUACUAAUGUGCUUUUGCAGCCUACGACCGACUGCUUGGUUCAUCUCACAGAUCCACCUUUCUUGGUCAUCACUUUGACGGACGUCGAGAUUGUUCAUCUAGAACGUGUGCAGUUCGGUUUACAGUCGUUCGAUAUGGUCUUCGUCUUUUCGGACUUCUCGCGUGCGCCGAUGCACAUCACUUCGAUUCCGACGACAUCGUUGGACGAUGUCAAGCAGUGGUUGGACUCCGUUGACAUCUGUGUGACCGAAGGAGCGGUCAACCUCAACUGGGGUGCCAUCAUGAAGACGGUCAACGAGGAUCCAUACGACUUCUUUGUCGAAGGCGGUUGGGGCUUCUUGCAGGCCGACUCGGAUGACGAGGGUUCGGAUGAGAGCGAGUCUGGAUCCGAGUUCGGCAGUGAUAUGGAUGAUGGACAGGAGGAGACGGAUGAAGAGUCAGAAUCCGCUAGUGACUUCGGCGACUCGGCAGAGGACGAGAGUGGGUCCGAAGGCUUCGAGGAUGAGAGUGAAGAGGGCGAGGAUUGGGAUGAGUUGGAGAAGAAGGCUGCUCGUGCUGAUGAGAAGAAGCGACGCCAGCAGGGUGGGUCUGAUGACGAGGAUGGUGGAUCUAAGAAGAAGCGUCGUUGA